AUGGGAAAAGUUAACAAUAUUACAAAAGUAUUCCUUGUAUUGGUGGUUAUUGUUGGUGCUAUUGCAUUGACUCUUUUGAUUGUCGGUGUUGCGUCAAGAAAAUGGCUUACUGUCUCCAGUGGUUUAUCAACAAUAGAGACAGCACUAGGUAGUGCUCUGACUGAUACGACUUUCAUUACUUCACUUAUCGCUGCAACACAAGCAAAUCAAACUCAAGUCGUACAAAUAAUAUUGGCGGUUGCAGGCAAAGUGGAAGAAGUGGUAAGUGGUGCAGUUGCUACUCGUUCAGCUUAUCAUUUAUAUGGGAAAACUCCAAAUGUACCUAAAACAUCACCAACCUUCAAGCCAUCUCAAGGACUCGUGUUUGCUGGAAUCGCAACGUUCUUUGUUGGUCUUUUAUUAGCAAUCAUUAUCACCUUAUUGCCCUUAUCACGUGUUAUUCGCCUUGUACCACUAAUACUUCUAAUUGUCGGACCACUUUUAAUUAUACUCGGAUGUGUUAUUUAUCCAAAAAAAGUUGUCGAAGAUUUUGGUACUGCAUUAGAACUUCAAGUUGAUAUUGGUUUCAGUGUUGUUCUAGUUGUCGUUGGCGCUAUUAUUGGCUUUAUUACAGCUGCUGUCUUCGCUUUUAUCAUUCUUCAACAACGCCAAAAUUUACCAAACAAAACUUACACUGUAGGUUUGCCGCCACCCAGGUCAAUGUUUCGGCCUUCGUAUCGACCUAGAGCAAACAGGAAACCGUGA